AUGGCCACAGACGCUGUCGCGGCCUCUAGGCAGGCCCAGUACAAACAAGGACCAACGCUUCUCCCAUCACCUGUUGCUCAAGCCGUGAGCCUUGCCGCUCGAUCUACAUCGCUUGCCAUACGCAUUGGGUCAGUGGUCAGCAAUGCAAGUCUUGACGCUGCGAGACUCACUACCCUCGGCGGCCUCGAGCUGGCCCGCGGGCUGAUUGAAGGUGUAAUCAGCCGGGCUGCCAAAGAUACUCUCGAACAAUCACGAACCGAGCUGGCAAUUCAAGACACAGAGACGGUUCUGGAGCGCAGCCUUGAAAACCUGCAUUACGCUGUCACUCAGGCUGUGUUCUGGACGUCCGUCAGCUUCCGCCUCACAGGCACAACAAUUUCCACCGCUUCCGCAGGAUCGCAACUUCUCCUGUCGUCAUUGGACCAGCUCUUCGGCUCAACAGACUCUUCUCGGGCCGUUGCCAGCAUCAUCACGCUUGUUCGGCGUGAAUUUGAAAAUCCUGCAACAGGCCUCCAAGGGGAAAGAGUUGGCGUCGUUGAUCUGACCCUUGCGCUCAGCACGCUGGCCUAUCUACAGCGAGCAUGUCGCAAGACCACUCAGGAGGAACGCCGAAGGCAGUCAUACGAAGAAAUCAUUUGGGAUGUUGUUGUCUUGGAAGAUGGAGACAGGGUUGAUGUUGAUGAAAAAGUGUUUAGCGAGAUCCGUGGAGGCUACAACGCCCAAGACAAAGACGACAUUCCAUCAUCACCGCCCAGCAGCCCCUGGACUGGAGCAGAGGACGAUGAAGCUGUUGUGUCUCGUCUCAAAAGCCAAAUCAUAGCCUCUCUGUCUCCAAGUACAACGGUAUCCGUCUCCAACUCGGUGUCUUCGGUCCAGACAAUUACGGUUGACGUUCAUGGAUCUCGGCUCCUUUCGUUGCCAACACCUCCAGGGGCCGAAAUCGUAGAAACAAAAUCCAUUACCACGGGAAGCCACCUAUCAUACUCAUCCUCGGAUCAACAAGACCAAUCUUCAACAUCAUACUACAGAGUGGUAUACAAAAUACACCGCAACAAGAAGGGAACAUCGUCUUUUAGAGGCGAGGAGGAUUCCAAAGACGAGGCCAUCGAAGUGGUAACCGACCACCAGAGCUGCAGCAGCAGCGAAGAAACUCUCGCUCCAGGAACACCUACGAUAACCAUCCCUGACGGCCCAUCCCCUCCUGCAUCACCUACCAUGCUGCCCUCUUCUGCUUUUACACUGCAGUCAAGGCCAUCUUCAUCGACUGAGGCAAAAAGGCGCCAUAAAACACAGGCUCAUGAUUUCUCAAAACCAACAAAAUCGAGUUCUCGCAAACACAAUUCCGACUCUGCCAAGGCUGUUGCCUCUCGAGCUGCGGUCCCUUCAAAAGAGCCGAUAUAUCUCGAAGACUUGGAGGCCAUGGCAAACCAAAAGAGGCAACGCACACCAGCCCACAGUUCAAAAUCGCAUGAUUCCCAUAGAAAGAGUCAUACAAAUAGAAAAAGUGAAGCGGUGGUAUCCUCCAGGUCGUCGGAUAAAAAGACGGGCUUGAGACACGUUCUACGAGGAAGCGGUCCAUCCAUCUCAACAAUCUGGAAUAAGGAAUCGAGUCCGAUGGACUACAUAAGUGCCCACGAGAAACCAAAGCUUCACAUCAAAUCUCCCCAUAGAGAUGCAGCAAAGGAUUUGCGGGCAGGAUCCCCAACCAGCGAUUUGGUACCAAGAUCGCCCACUGAACACCAUAGUGUCUACCUUGCUCCGCCGGGCCAUCGCCGGAAUCGGUCGUAUGCCACUAGCAUAUACAGCGUUGGAACCAAUGACUCUCAGUCGUCUUUGGUGUUAUCUUCCUAUUAUCAGAAGAGCGCUUACAACACGGCUGACGCUCUCCAUGCUCUUCGACAAGAAGGCUUUGUCGAUGGAACCUUUCCUGAGGGUCACCUCCUCCCUAACAUUACCCGAUAUAUGCGGUUCUCCUCUGCGUGCUAUGGCUCCAACUUCCUCAGGCUUACCGGCGUGACGAACGAGACGCCAAAGCUUGGUGUCUGGGACGGAGUUCACCACGAUGUUCGGCAUUUCGUUCAUCAUACCGAAUCGCAGUCGGACAAUAUCCUUCUCGCUUCAUUUGUCGACCCCAACGGAGGCAGUGAUGCCACUGGUGCGACUGAAUCUGGUGUCCCCUUGGUCCACUACAUCUCGCUUGACCAUGCAGCCAAGGCAGUUGUUCUUGCUUGCAGAGGAACGUUAGGAUUCGAAGACGUCUUGGCUGAUCUAACCUGCGACUAUGAUAGGCUUGUAUGGAGAGGCAAAGGCUACAGAGUACACAAGGGAAUCCAUGCUUCUGCUAGGAGACUGCUAUACGGUGGUGACGGUCGCGUUCUGUUGACCCUUAAAGAAGCUCUACGUGAAUUCCCCGACUAUGGACUUGUGCUCUGCGGGCAUUCACUGGGAGCUGGUGUCACAUCUUUAUUGGGUAUCAUGCUGUCUGAGCCUAAUCCCAUCGGACCUGGUUUCGUCACAUCCGCCGAGCCGUAUACACUCAGGCCCCCGCCAAAUGAAGCUCUUGUCAACGUGAAACUGAGCGACAUUCGACCUCCAUCUGGCCGUCGCAUACAUGUAUAUGCGUAUGGUCCUCCCGCCGUCAUGUCGUCAUCUCUUCGCAAAAUCACCCGCGGCCUCAUCACUACCGUCGUGCAUGGCAAUGAUCUGGUUCCUCAUCUGUCCUUGGGUUUGCUGCACGACUUUCAAGGAGUCUCUCUGGCAUUCAAGCAUGACGAGAACAAUACCAAGUCUGAGAUUCGCCAGCGCAUCUGGAAUACACUCCAAGACAAUGUCUCAGAGAGGUGGUACUCUUAUCGCAGUGCGAGCAAAGUUGCCAGUAGCGGAGGCGUCAGCGACGAAGAGAGAUGGAUGCUUCCCGCGCUGGAGAAUAUGAGGACGAGCAUGAAAGGGAAGAAGCUUCUUCCACCGGGCGAGGUGUUUACCAUUGAGACGCAGCGAGUACUGAGGAGGGAUGCAUUCCUUCUGCUGGAUGAGGAGCAUAUCGGGCGGCCUGCCCAGAGGAUUGUACUCAAAUAUGUAAAGGAUGUAGAGGGUCGGUUUGGAGAGCUGCGGUUUGGAACGAGCAUGUUGACUGAUCACAGCCCGGCAAAGUAUGAAGAUGCUCUGAACAAGUUGAGAGUUGGAGUCUCGGCAUGA